UGCCUGUGCAAGCUCGCGCCUCACACUGCCUGGUGGAGAGAAGGAGCCCGGGCGCCGCUCGCCGCUUCCCGCGACGCCGCCCGCACCUCCCCGCCGCCCGCCGCCCGCAAAGCAUGAGCGAGCCCGCUCUCUGCAGCUGCCCGGGACGCGAAUGGCAGGCUGUCUCCGCGGAGUAAAAGGUGGCGCCGGUCAGUGGUCGUUUCCAAUGACGGACAUUAACCAGACUGUCAAAUCCUGGGGAGUCGCGAGCCCCGAGUUUGGAGUUUUUUCCCCCCACAACGUCACAGUCCGAACUGCAGAGGGAAAGGAAGGCGGCAGGAAGGCGAAGCCCGGGCUCCGGCACGUAGUUGGGAAACUUGCGGGUCCUAGAAGUCGCCUCCCCGCCUCGCCGGCCGCCCUUGCAGCCCCAAGCCGAGCAGCAAAGUGAGACAUUGUGCGCCUGCCAGAUCCGCCGGCCGCGGACCGGGGCUGCCUCGGAAACACAGAGGGGUCUUCUCUCGCCCUGCAUAUAAUUAGCCUGCACACAAAGGGAGCAGCUGAAUGGAGGUUGUCACUCUCUGGAAAAGGGUGGCUUUCUGCAUGCUUAGAGAUUUCUGACCGAGCGCUUCCAAUGGACAUUCUCCAGUCUCUCUGGAAAGAUUCUCGCUAAUGGAUUUCCUGCUGCUCGGUCUCUGUCUAUACUGGCUGCUGAGGAGGCCCUCGGGGGUGGUCUUGUGUCUGCUGGGGGCCUGCUUUCAGAUGCUGCCCGCCGCCCCCAGCGGGUGCCCGCAGCUGUGCCGGUGCGAGGGGCGGCUGCUGUACUGCGAGGCGCUCAACCUCACCGAGGCGCCCCACAACCUGUCCGGCCUGCUGGGCUUGUCCCUGCGCUACAACAGCCUCUCGGAGCUGCGCGCCGGCCAGUUCACGGGGUUAAUGCAGCUCACGUGGCUCUAUCUGGAUCACAAUCACAUCUGCUCGGUGCAGGGGGACGCCUUUCAGAAACUGCGCCGAGUUAAGGAACUCACGCUGAGUUCCAACCAGAUCACCCAGCUGCCCAACACCACCUUCCGGCCCAUGCCCAACCUGCGCAGCGUGGACCUCUCGUACAACAAGCUGCAGGCACUCGCGCCCGACCUCUUCCACGGGCUGCGGAAGCUCACCACGCUGCAUAUGCGGGCCAACGCCAUCCAGUUUGUGCCCGUGCGCAUCUUCCAGGACUGCCGCAGCCUCAAGUUUCUCGACAUCGGAUACAAUCAGCUCAAGAGUCUGGCGCGCAACUCUUUCGCCGGCUUAUUUAAGCUCACCGAGCUGCACCUCGAGCACAACGACUUGGUCAAGGUGAACUUCGCCCACUUCCCGCGCCUCAUCUCCCUGCACUCGCUCUGCCUGCGGAGGAACAAGGUGGCCAUUGUGGUCAGCUCGCUGGACUGGGUUUGGAACCUGGAGAAAAUGGACUUGUCGGGCAACGAGAUCGAGUACAUGGAGCCCCAUGUGUUCGAGACCGUGCCGCACCUGCAGUCCCUGCAGCUGGACUCCAACCGCCUCACCUACAUCGAGCCCCGGAUCCUCAACUCUUGGAAGUCCCUGACAAGCAUCACCCUGGCCGGUAACCUGUGGGACUGCGGGCGCAACGUGUGUGCCCUAGCCUCGUGGCUCAGCAACUUCCAGGGGCGCUACGAUGGCAACUUGCAGUGCGCCAGCCCGGAGUACGCACAGGGCGAGGACGUCCUGGAUGCCGUGUACGCCUUCCACCUGUGCGAGGAUGGGGCCGAGCCCACCAGCGGCCACCUGCUCUCGGCCGUCACCAACCGGAGUGAUCUGGGGCCCCCUGCCAGCUCGGCCACCACGCUCGCGGAUGGCGGGGAGGGGCAGCACGACGGCACAUUCGAGCCUGCCACCGUGGCUCUCCCCGGCGGCGAGCACGCCGAGAAUGCCGUGCAGAUCCACAAGGUGGUCACGGGCACCAUGGCCCUCAUCUUCUCCUUCCUCAUCGUGGUCCUGGUGCUCUACGUGUCCUGGAAGUGUUUCCCAGCCAGCCUCAGGCAGCUCAGACAGUGCUUUGUCACGCAGCGCAGGAAGCAAAAGCAGAAACAGACCAUGCAUCAGAUGGCUGCCAUGUCUGCCCAGGAAUACUACGUUGAUUACAAACCGAACCACAUUGAGGGAGCCCUGGUGAUCAUCAACGAGUAUGGCUCGUGUACCUGCCACCAGCAGCCCGCCAGGGAAUGCGAGGUGUGAUUGUCCCAGUGGCUCUCAACCCAUGCGCUACCAAAUACGCCUGGGCAGCCGGGAUGGGCCGGCGGGCACCAGGCUGGGGUCUCCUUGUCUGUGCUCUGAUAUGCUCCUUGACUGAAACUUUAAGGGGAUCUCUCCCAGAGACUUGACAUUUUAGCUUUAUUGUGUCUUAAAAACAAAAACGAAUUAAAACACAACAAAAAAAAUCCCCACCCCACAACCUUCAGGACAGUCUAUCUUAAAUUUCAUAUGAGAAACUCCUUCCUCCCUUUGAAGAUCUGCCCAUAUUCAGGAAUCUGAGAGUGUAAAAAAGGUACCAAUCAUUGAUUUUUUUUUUUUUUUUUUGUAAACUAAAAUGUUUAAAAUAAAAUAGCAUUUACAGUUUU